AAUUCAACCUUUGAGGUAACGCCAAAAUCAGUAUGACAGUCUGUUUCCUUUGACAAAUCUCUUUUCUCCAAUAGUGUUCAACCUAUAACAGAACAAUUUUUAACCUUCUAAGAUAUUUUUAUUUCAUCUAAUUAGAACAUACAUUUAAAAAAUAAUUUUGGUUUUAUUGAAUCCCGGUUUACUGUUUUGUCUUGAAAUUUACACCAAGUGUAGUGAUGUAAAUUUUACUGCUGAUUUGUGACUUUGCUGAUGUAUGAUUUCUAUAAUUUAAAACACUAUAUUUUUUUAUUUCUAAGAUUAUAGAGAUAAGCCUGUUUUGAAGUCCAAAAGAUUAAAGCCAUAGUGUCUCUAUGUAUGUGUACAUACGCUUGUGAAAGUAUUUUCAAUAUAUUUUAUUUUUUAAUAACACUUGUUUCUUAGGACUGAACAUAAGUUUUAAUUUAAGAUAACUUCCAUCUGAACCCAUUUGGAAUAGUUGGCACCCAAGGGAGUACUGGGCAACAUUACAAGAGUCAGACUACCAUAUGCCUAAAAAUAACAUGGUCAUCUGUCAAGCUGGGCCGUGCCGAUUCAGUGGUGCUCAGUGGCACGUGCAGAAUGUCCUCAAAGACUCUGUGGAGAGCUCCGAUGAUGAAUUCUUCGAUGCACGAGAAGAGAUGGUGGAAGGAAAAAGUGCCAUUCUCAUAGGCAUGAGCCAGUGGAACUCAAAUGACCUUGUUGAGCAGAUAGAAACAAUUGGAAAGCUGGAAGAAAAUCAAGGUGAAGAGUCUGCAUUUUGCUCAUCUGGCUUUCUACAGGAAAAACAACGUGAAUUAUAUAGAGCCUCUUUAAGAAAACAAAGGGUCCCGGCACAAGGCAGUAUUGAAAUACAUGAGGAUAAUGAGGAAGGAGUUCAACACCAGAACUGCAAAACUCAUGUGCUAAUUUUGAUCCUACAUGGGGGGAACAUCUUAGACACUGGAGGUGGGGACCACAGCAGCAAGCUAGCAGAUAUCAACACCUUCAGUUCUGUGUUUGAGAAAGUGACACAAGCCCAUUUCCCUGCUGCUUUGGGCCACAUCUUAAUCAGACUUGUUCCCUGCCCAGCAAUCUGUUCAGCAGCAUUCUCUCUUGUUUCCAACCUAAAUCCCUACAGCUAUGAUGAGAGCUGCCUCAGCAGCAGUGAAGACCACAUCCCACUGGCUGCCUUGCCCUUGCUGGCUGUUUCAUCCCCUCAGUACCAGGAUGCAGUUGCCAUGGUGAUCAGUAGAGCCAAUCAAGUUUACAAUGAAUUUCUCAAAUCCACAGAUGGGGCUGGUUUUAAUGGACAGGUGUGUCUCAUUGGUGACUGCAUUGGAGGAAUUUUGGGCUUUGAUGCCAUCUGCUAUAAUUCUAACACAGCUGGUGAGAGUCGGAACAGUAGCAGAAGAGGAAGCACCAGCAGCAUCCAGGAUAAUCCCCUCUUAGCAGAGGACUCCAGUCUGGGUGGCAGCAAACGCCUGAGCAAAAGCAAUAUUGACAUCUCGGGAAUCCUGGAGGAUGAGAAGCCAAGGCAGCCGUUGCCACGGAAACAGAGUGACUCAUCCACCUAUGACUGUGAUACUGUAACACAACAUCAUGCUUUCCUGUCUAGCAUCCACUCAAGUGUGUUGAAGGAUGGUGCCGACUUUCCUCCUGUGAAUUCCAGUCUCUCAGAAGUAAACCUGGGCCGAUUUGAAUUUGAGGUGUCUGAUUUCUUCCUGUUUGGAUCUCCACUUGGUUUGGUGCUGGCCAUGAGGAGUACUGUUCUGCCUGGCCUGGAUGCAUGCCAGGUCCGCCCAGCCUGCAGCCAAGUGUACAGUUUCUUUCACUCUGCUGACCCCUCUGCCUGCAGACUGGAGCCAUUGCUGGAGAAAAGAUUCCAUCUCCUGCCGCCAUUCAGCGUCCCACGGUACCAGAGAUACCCACUGGGGGAUGGAAGAUCUCACCAGUUAGGUGAUGCUAUCCACAACCACAGUGCUCUGUUCCUUGAGAACAGCUCUUUGAACAUACCUUUCUCUCAGGAGAGUCCUGGGUCUCCAAAUGCAUCUGAUCAACCACAAGGAAAAACAAGAAAGUUGAGCCUGGCCAGCACAAACAGUGAAAACUCAGGGUCAACAGAAAGCUUGCCAUCAGCACACCUCACCAACAUUACUGCAAAGUGGUGGGGAACAAAACGAAUAGAUUAUGCCUUGUAUUGUCCAGAUGUGCUGACAGCCUUUCCAACUGUGGCCCUGCCGCAUCUCUUCCAUGCCAGCUACUGGGAAUCAACAGACGUUGUGGCCUUCAUUUUAAGACAGGUGAUGAGAUAUGAAAAUGUGAAUUUCAAGGAAAAUGAUAACUUGGAUCCAGCAACACUAAGUCUGUCCAAUCCACGAGAAAAAUGGCUACGCAAAAGGACACAUGUCAAAUUGAGAAAUGUGACUGCUAAUCACCGAGCUAAUGAUGUCAUUGCAGCAGAAGAUGGUCCUCAGGUACUAGUUGGGCGCUUUAUGUAUGGACCUCUGGACAUGGUAGCUUUGACAGGUGAAAAGGUUGAUAUCUUCAUAAUGACUGAGCCAUCUUCGGGUAGGUGGGUGUACUUUGACACAGAGAUAUCCAACAGCAGUGGCCGGAUAUCCUACAACAUACCCAAGCAGAAGAGACUAAGAGUUGGGGUGUAUCCCAUCAAAAUGGUGGUCAGAGGGGACCAGAGUAGUGCUGCAAGUUACCUGACUGUGCUUCCCCGUGGAAUGGAAUGUGUUGUGUUCAGCAUUGACGGUUCAUUUGCAGCAAGUGUUUCAAUUAUGGGAAGUGACCCCAAAGUCCGAGCUGGGGCCGUUGAUGUUGUCAGGCAUUGGCAGGACUUGGGAUAUCUGAUUAUCUAUAUUACUGGCCGUCCAGAUAUGCAAAAACAGCGUGUGGUUUCAUGGUUGUCUCAACACAACUUCCCACAAGGGAUGAUCUUCUUCUCAGAUGGACUUGUUCAUGACCCACUGCGACAAAAGACCAUUUUUCUACGAAAUCUCAUGCAAGAGUGCCACAUCAAAAUCUGCGCCGCAUAUGGUUCCAUGAAGGAUAUUUCUGUGUACAAUGUCUUGGCUCUGUCACCAUCCCAGAUCUACAUAGUUGGACGAUCAACAAAGAAAUACCAGGCACAGUGUCAGUUCCUCAGUGAAGGUUAUGCAGCCCACUUGGCCUCUCUGGAGUUCAGUCUCCAUUCACGACCCAAAAAGAACAACUCUCGGAUGAUCUUGAGAAAAGGCAGCUUUGGCCUCCACUCCCAACCUGAGUUUUUGCGCAAGAGAAACCAUCUUCGCAGGACUAUGUCUGUACAGCAACCUGACCCACCUUCUUCAAACCCCAAGCCAGAGCGUGCCCAGAGCCAGCCCGAAUCAGACAAAGAUCAUGACAGGCAUCUGCCCUCCGUUGCUUGGGUUCGAGGUGGAGUUCACAAAUUUGAAUCUGUUCCCUAGGAAGCUUGGAAGUAUAGAUCUUGGGUGCACCCCAUUAAACUUGUAGGUGUGCCUCAAGGAUAAUAAUUAGGCAGCUUCAAACUAAGAGAUGUAGAGGGGAACCUGCACCUUGGAGUCUUCCCUGUUCUGGAAUCUGCCUUCUUACACCAACUGAGGAACUUCCAGUCUGUUCCUCUUGACAUGUUUAUUGGGAAAUUUUAAAACCAUCUAAAACUAUUGCAAAUGCUUAUACAUCAUAGCAACAGAAAAUAUCUUUGGUUAUUUUUUACAACAGAUCUAAUACAAUGUGCAAUAAGAGAAGAAGCCGUAACAGGCUAAUUUUACUCAGAAGGAGGAUUGUGAUAUCAGCUAACUAGCUGCACCCAAAACAGUAUAAACGGUGGGUCCCAUCGGUUACAGAGAAGGUUUACACAUUUAAUGUUUAAAUAGUUGUACCUAUUUCCACUUUUGAUAAAGCGAUACACUUGCAAGGGAAGAAGAGGUGGUAACUAGAGUAAUCGGUGGUCAGGAUUUGUACAGCAAGAUGGUUUUUGGGUGCCUUAAACCCAAGAUUUCCUUUCACCUUACAGUGUUGGUCAACAGACCCCAACAUGGGCACUCGUGUUUGUGUGAGGUGCUGGACAUCAAGUAAAUGGGAGAACUCCACUUACGAACCAAAUCAUAAAAACUUCAUGUUAGAAAUAAAUGUGUCUGCCACAGUUUGAAGCAGUUAGUGUUGCUGUAUACAAAGUAAUGUGCAAGUGUACAAAGAUUACAUUGUUUUGUGGAACUUGGUGACUGUGCAAAAUGUGUGGACUGCUCUGAGUAAGGAGAUAGCUCAGAUCAUCUCAGUCUGAGAGACAGAUCCUAAGAUGGUAAACUAAAGGGAGCCCUUUUACUAAGGGAUCUGCAAACUUCAGAGCAAUCACUUUUUUCAUUAUUCUAACUAGAAUCUUUACACUGGAGAAGAAAAAAAGUAAUGGAAUUCCUAUGGGUAAAUUGUCUACCUUCUUGUGUGUUAUAGCAACUGCUGUGUUAAGACAAUCUGUAGCAUUCAGAAUUACACCAUUUGAGUUUCAAAGAAUGGACAUGCCAAAUUACAGGUGCCAAAUAGUUGUUUUCUUGCUGAUUUCAAUCUCUCUUGGAUCACUCAGUGAACUUACCAGAAGUAAAUGUGUGAAAUUUUCCCUAAGUGGUAAUAUUUCUAAAGUGUUGUGGUUAGUUUAACAUAGUAGCAGUUUGCAGAUUCUUCAUGCAGAUACUUCCACUGUACUAAAAUCACCAAGAGAACUUUCAUGUCUGAACUGAAGCAUGUUUUAAAACCUGCAAUGAAGUUACAAGGGCACAUAAAAAACCUUUUCUUUAAAAGUUAAAACCAGACUAUUGACACUAAGAAAGCUUGAAGUCAAUAGAUGUCUUUUUCAGGUUUGGUUGGUUGGUUUUAAUUUCAGGGAGUUUGGGUGGAGAGGGUGUCGUGCCUUCCUUCCCCCUGCCCUUACUUUCAGGUUUUCCUAGUCUGUAGCUAGACCAGAAACAGUCUUUCAACAAGUCUGUUGGUUAAUUGUGUUGAAAGUUGACAUGUAAUGCUAACAAGGAAUGCACUAGAAAACUAUUAAGGCAGUGCAGAAGUAAACUUAAGUCUGUACUUCUUGUUCACUCAAAAGUUUCAGUGUGCUUUUUGAAUGGCAUAGUACUGUGGCUUUUGCCUUAAAAGGCAGCAAAGUAGCUUAUAAAAUGGAGAUCUUUGAUUUAGUUUUUUAGACGCUACUUGACAAGAUUGUCAGUUACCUAUUUUAAAACUUCCUGAAAGAUCUCUGGCACGUCAGUAAUUUGGUUUUUACAAUGCUUCUUUUAAGGGAAGGGCUCAUCUUUGCUGAAGAUUUAGGAAAGAUAUUAAAAGUUUGGUAGCUCACACUAAUUGGGAGCAGGUAACGACAUUACAAGGGACUGGGGUUUUAUGCUGUAUUGCCAGGUCAGACAGCUACAAAACCUAAAUGAAAGAUAUUCACAAACUACAUUGAAGAAGUCUUCAGGUUUACAAAUGCUUUCCCAGUAUUAUCACACCUAGUUCUUUAACCCACAAACUUGGAGGAAUUAUUCAGUGUUCUGUCUUGGCCCACUGUGCGCAUUAAUUCUAAUCACAUAGUCCAUUUCUUCUCCUAGCCUCUGCAGCAGGGAGAGAUUGCACAGGUACACCAGACUCCAUCUCCCUCCAGUCUGUUCACUGUUAGAAGACUCCUGGUUGUUAGUUUUAAACAGGCAUGGGAAUCCAAUGUUUGUGAGGGAGGAACUCAGUAGGCAAAUUUUAAAUUUGCUGGGGGGCCUAAAAGCAACAUUGAUUGCAAAGUUUUUUUUAAGCACUGGGUGUUGUGCAGCAUGUCUCCUGACGGUAAUCAUUCCUGCUGCAAAGUUCAAAGCUAACGUUGCUUUAGACGUCUACCUCUAUCAUCCAAGAGACUCCAAAAUCUAUUUUUUGUUUUAAGUUGCUGUAGUGGAAAGGCCUGCUUCAUUUUGAAAGAGGGAUCCGUGAUUGUAUUAAAGGAACUAGUGUCUGAGCACGAGGUUAGAGAAAUCUCCUGGGUUAAGGUCUUUUACUCUUGCAGACGCAGUGUCAUUUUGCAGGGUACCAUGUCAUGAAAACUCUGAUUUUCUGUAUUUCUAUUAAUAACUAGGCCACCUUUACAGAAGUCACUGUGCUGGCUUAAGAAUAUCAUGAGCUCAUAGUGGUAAAACAAAUGCGUGGGUGUGUGUGUGCAUGAUUUAGAGUGGUAACAAUUUUAAAGUGUCUACACAUGGUAUUGAAAUCAAGCUGAAAAUACUUUCAUUAACUUUGUUUCCUACAACAUGGGAGAGCUCAUGUGGCCUUUGUGUAAUUCCAACACUACUUGUUGCUCAGGGAUGGAAUGGUUUAUCUCCUGAUCACAUGCCUCCAGCUGAGCACUUUGGCAAACAGUGAUACAGGCAUUAGCUUGGAGGUUAAAGCUUCAUGGUAAUUAGCCAGUUUUCUGAAACAUCAGAUGCCAGAUGCAUUUGUUUUGAAAGCAUUAGCCAGUUGCCACUAAAAUGGUAAAACAACUUAUGUUGGAGCUCAGAAUAUGAACAAGAUGGAGUGUCAUUUUAGACAUCUGUCCUGGUUUGGGCUGGAAUAGAGUUAAUGUUCCUUUUUGGUAACUAGAAUAGUGCUGUGUUUUGGAUUCAGC